AUGUCCAACAACAUGGCCAAGAUUGCAGAUGCUCGGAAGACUGUAGAGCAGCUGAAACUGGAGGUGAACAUAGAGAGGAUGAUGGUAUCCAAGGCAGCAGCCGAUCUGAUGGCCUACUGUGAAACCCACGCCAAAGAGGACCCCCUGGUGACACCCAUGCCUUCCUCUGAGAACCCGUUCAGGGAGAAGAAGUUAUUCUGUGUAAUACUAUAA